AUGCACUUCUACCUCUGUUCAGCACUCUCUUCCCUGACUAUUCCCCCUCACAUAAGAGUGUUAGUGUUACUAACGUUGCGAACGUGGACGCCUGCUUGGGCCCAAUUUGUUGGUCUAGUUCCCGGAACCGGCGAAUGCGCCCUUCACCUUAAAGGCAUAGGAAGGAGCGAUGCCUUCGAUUAUAGUCUUAAUUUAUUACGAGGAAACUUCGGCUACACGGGAGAUCAAAAUUGCAUAACUUACGAUGCCAUCAACGCGGCCUACUUGGAGUCCAGAAAAAGGAUAAAUGUGGCCCAACCCGAAGGAGAAUGGAAAACUGAAGAGAUCGCGAGCGUCGGCGAACUUCUGCUCGACAUGUCUAUAAAUUUAGCGAGAACUUACGGUCUCAGCUACGAGGAGAUCGAGAAAGGUCUGCCGCUGAUCGACACGUCGAAGACGCUAAUUCGCGAGGUCUGCCCGCCUUUCCUUUCGAACGUGGAAUGCAGACCUGGCAAAUACAGACGACUCGACGGCCUUUGCACAAACAUCGAACAUCCAACCUGGGGCGCUACCAUGACGCCAUUCCAGAGGUUGAUUGGUCCCCUGUAUGCUGAUGGAAUAAACGCGCCUCGGAUAUCGGUGACUGGUCGGGAACUGCCACCGUCCCGUGUGGUCUCGCGCACUAUGCACCCGGACGAAGGAUUCCACGACCACGCAGGAACCGUCAUGGUCAUAGCCUGGGGACAGUUCAUGGACCACGAUUAUACUCUCACUGCCACACCUCUUGAUCCAUUAAAUCGUAAUGACCCCGAAGAAUGCUGUAAAAGACCACCUCAUUUGAAACACCCAUAUUGUAACGAAAUUCAAAUUCCAGACGACGAUUACUUCUAUCGAUUGUUCAACGUAAAAUGUAUCGAUUUCGUGCGUGGAUUCCCAUCCCCGAGAGCAGGAUGUAAACUUGGAUCAAGAAUUCAGUUCAAUACUUUAACCGGAACAUUGGACGGUAAUACAGUUUAUGGAGUAAAUGAAAAAUUCGCCCGCAAGCUUCGUACUGGAUAUGGCGGUCUCCUGAGAAUGAACCCAGUUUUCAGUGAAUACGGAUUAAAAGAUCUGUUGCCACUCAAACUUGAUGUUCCUGAUGAGGGUUGCACAAGGCCAAACAGAUCUAUGUACUGUUUUGAAGCCGGAGAGAUCCGUGUCAACGAACAAUUGGUGCUGACAUGCAUGCACACUUUAAUGGCCCGAGAACAUAAUAGAUUGGCAACUGGAUUAGCUCAAGUUAAUCCCCAUUGGGACGAUGAAACUCUCUUCCAAGAAGCGAGAAGAAUCAAUAUCGCCGAAAUACAACACAUCACAUAUAAUGAAUUCUUGCCAAUCCUUCUUGGCAAAGAAGUUAUGGAAAAAUUCGGCCUAUUGCUCAAGAAAGACGGUUACUGGGACGGUUAUGAUCCAAAUGUUAACCCCGGAGUAAUUGAUGCUUUUGCGGCAGCAGCUUACAGAUUUGGUCACUCUUUGUUGCCUACAGCAGUUGAAAGAUGGUCUAAAGCCCACAAAUUUAUUGCAUCCAAACGAUUGUCAGAUUUGAUCAGAAGACCUUAUGAUCUCUAUCGCGCUGGUGUCAUCGACGAAUACUUCAUGGGACUUAUGAAUCAAGUUGCGCAAGCUAUGGACGAUUCUAUAACACAAGAAGUAACUAACCAUUUAUUCAAGAAAGUCGGAGCCCGAUUUGGAAUGGAUUUAGUAUCAUUUAACAUGCAAAGAGGUCGUGAGUUCGGAUUACCUGGAUACAUGGAAUUCAGAAAAUUCUGUGGUCUGCCAGGAGCUAAUUCUUUUGAAGAGUUGUUCGGUUCUAUGCCCAACGAAACCAUCAAAAGAUACACCUCCAUCUUCGAGCACCCAAGUGAUGUUGAUCUCUGGUCUGGUGGUGUAUCAGAAAGACCACUUCCAGGAAGUAUGUUAGGACCUACUUUCGCUUGUAUCAUUGCAACACAGUUUUCAUACUCUAGGAGAGGAGACAGAUUUUGGUACGAACUUCCAAAUCAACCAUCUUCCUUCACUCCAGAACAAUUACAAGAAAUAAGAAAGAGCAAAAUGGCUCGCGUGAUCUGCGACAAUACUGACUUGAUUGAUACAAUUCAAGUUUAUCCAAUGGUUCUACCUGACCAUGAAAUAAAUCCGAGAGUGCCAUGUAGAAGUGGAAUAUUGCCAUCAAUAGAUCUAUCCAAAUGGGCCGAUUAUAGUCACCAAGGACCAACACAUCAUAAAUAUCAAGUCUUCAAUGAUCUACCCGAAACAUUAGUGAACUUCAAAUAAAAGAUCACAAAUUAGUGAAUUCCAACUGCUAGUAGCAGUAAAUUUAAAUGAUGCGUAGAAAAGUUAAGUGUCAAGAAUCACAUAA